AUGACUGAAUUGGCGCUAAACAAGUCAAAGAUGAGUGAAUACGGACCGGACUCUGGAGGUCGGGUGAAGGGGACGGUUGUGGUGAAGCCAAUAGUGUUGGGAAAUGUGGCCAAAUAUUUCGGGAAGAAGAGGGAAGAGGACGGACACACACAUCACUGGACAGUGUAUGUGAAGCCCUACAAGAAUGAGGACAUGUCUUCGUACGUGAAGAAAGUGCACUUCAAACUGCAUGAGAGCUAUCAGAACCCGAACCGAGUGGUGACUAAACCGCCGUAUGAGGUGUCGGAGACGGGUUGGGGUGAGUUCGAGAUCGUGAUCAAGAUCUACUUCAUCGACCCCAACGAACGCCCCGUCACUAUCUAUCACAUACUGAAGCUCUUCCAGACCGACAACAAUGUGAUCAACAUUAAGAAGCAUUUGGUGUCCGAGUUCUACGACGAGAUCAUAUUCCAAGACCCGUCGGUUAUGAUGGCUCAACUCCUGUCCUCUAAUCGUCAGUUGACUUUAGGACAGUUCAGACACGAGACUGACUUCGAGGACAAGAAGGAGAAGACGAUGAGUACUAUAUUGAACGCCAAGAAUAAGGUUCGCCUCGAAAUAUCGGAUCUGAAAGACCGGUUGAAAGUGGCCAAAGAGGCCAUCAAUAAGUAUAAGUCGGAAAUUGCGAAAUCAAAUGAAUGA